CUCUGGUCGCCACCGGGGCCGCUCUGCCCUCCCCACUCGGUGUUUGAGAGUGACGUAGCGGCGGAGCUGUUGGCGUCACGUGGCCAGAAACCCCCCCCGCCUAGGCCGACCAAUGGGGAGGGGGCCGGCGCGGAGGGCGGGACUUAGGCGAGAAGCCGCGCCCCGUCACCUUACCCCGCCCUCUUGUCAGGUCGCCGGCCGGCCGGUCGGUCUCUCCGCUCCGGUUGGACUCCCGCCGCCGCCUUCCUCUUCCUCCUCCUCCUCUUAUUCAUGCAGCCGUCCCGGGCCCCCGAGGCGGGCGAAACCGCCCCUGCGCCGGCCGCCAUCCAGAUUAGCAGGAUUAUGCGCCCGGACGAUGCUAACAUCGCCGGCAACGUGCACGGAGGGACCAUAUUAAAAAUGAUUGAGGAGGCCGGAGCCAUAAUCAGCACCCGCCAUUGCAACUUACAAUCCAGGGAGCCCUGCGUGGCCGCCCUGGCCCGCGUGGAGCGCACGGACUUCCUGUCCCCGAUGUGCAUCGGCGAAGUGGCCCACGUCAGCGCCGAGAUCACUUACACCUCCAAGCACUCUGUGGAAGUCCAGGUGCAGGUCGAAGCAGAAAACAUCCUCACAGGUGCCAAGAGAGUGACCAACAAGGCCACUUUGUGGUACGUCCCUCUUUCUCUCCAUAAUGUGAACAAGGUUUUGGAAGUGCCUCCCAUCCAGUUUACACGGAAGGACCAGGAGGAAGAAGGGAGACGGCGUUACGAGGAACAGAAGCUGGCACGUCAGGAGACCAAAGAGAGGAACGGUGAUGUCAUUGUGCCUGUGAUCAAUCCAGACAGGCAAAGUAAAGAGCCCUACACCAUUGGAUUCAGCCAGUCAAGUCUCAUCCAUCUGGUGGGACCAUCCGAUUGCACCAUGCAUGGAUUUGUGCAUGGAGGCGUGACCAUGAAACUCAUGGACGAGGUAGCAGGUAUCGUAGCCGCUCGCCACUGCAAGACCAACAUCGUCACGGCUUCUGUGGAUGCCAUCAACUUUCACGAGAAGAUCAAACAAGGGAGCGUCCUCACCAUUUCUGGCCGUAUGACCUUCGCCAGCAACAAGUCCAUGGAGAUUGAGGUCUUUGUGGACGCCGACCGCUUCGUGGGGGAACCUCAGGAGCCAUACCGGGCGGUCAGCGCCUUCUUCACCUACGUGUCCCUGAGCAAGGAGGGGAGACCUUUGCCCGUCCCGCAGCUGGUGUUGGAAACCGAGGACGAACGGCAACGUUUCGAAGAAGGGAAAAGCCGCUACUUGCAAACAAAAGCGAAACGUCAAGCAGAGAUGCAGCCCCUCACCCAACAGUGACCUUUGGGACAGAGACCCUCUCAGCCCCUACACCCAGCUGGAAAGGGGGGGCUGUGGCAACAUCCAGGAGGGCCCCCGCCCUCUCCUUUCCAGCCAAAAUCCAUUCCAUCUUCUCCGUCACCAUCGUAGCUAGCCGGGUGGGCUUUUGAGACAGUCUAGGGUGGGCCGAUGGGGAGGGGACACACAUCCACAGAGACGGGCCAGCCGAUCCAGCAAGGUGGGUUGUUUUAUUAACCACCUUAAGAUAGGCAUCUUCAGCUUGGGGAAGAUCCAUCGUUACCGUCCCAAGAAAACACACAGGCUUUGAUUUCACAGCCCCUCCCUUCACGUUCAGAAGCCCCCCCUCCCUCCAGCUCUCUUCCUCCCCGUCUUUGGUGUAUGUGUCGUGCAGAGGUAUAUGUUUGCCUAAUUUAUUCAGUGACGGUCACAAAUAAACGUGUGCCUUUAAACGUCUG